AUGCCACUGGCGAUCUCUCUCCCAACCUCAUCUACCUGCCAUUUCUUCCCUCCCCGCCGCGGCCAUGCUAAUCUCCGAUAUCGACGCUUUCCCGGAGCUCGAUCUUCCGCCGAAGCGCCGUACAAUCGGAAGAAUCAGACGGGCGUCAUCAUCAUCGGCGCUGGACUCGCUGGUUUAGCCGCCGCGACUCGGCUCAAUUCCGAACGAAUCCCUUUCCUACUCUUAGAGGCUUCCGACGGCGUCGGCGGACGCGUCCGCACAGAUAUCGUCGACGGCUUCUUUCUCGACAGAGGAUUUCAGAUUUUCAUCACUGCGUAUCCCGAAGCUAAGAAGCUUCUAGAUUACGAAGCGUUGGAUUUGCAGAGAUUCUACGCCGGAGCUAAGGUUUUCUACGGCGGAAAAUUUCACACGGUUGCUGAUCCUCUCCGACAUUUAUGGGAUUCGGUGGCGUCUCUCACGAACCCGAUCGGAUCCGUCGUGGACAAAGGGCUUAUCGCGUUGACGAGAGCUAGAGUUCUAAUCAAGUCAGACGAAGAGAUAUUAAGUGCCGCCGACGAGGUUCCGACCAUUGAUCUACUCCGGAAGAUCGGUUUCUCCGACGAGAUAUUGGAUCGUUUCUUCCGACCAUUCUUCGGCGGAAUUUUCUUCGAUAGAGACCUCCAGACGACCUCGAAGCUCUUUGAUUUCGUUUUCCGGUGUCUUGCUCUCGGAGAAAACACGCUUCCGGCAAUGGGAAUCGGAGAAAUCCCUAACCAGCUGGCCGCGAAAUUACCCGCUAAUUCCGUCAUGUUGAACACACGGGUCGCUUCGAUUGAUUAUCCAAAUGGGUCGGGUUCAGAUUCUCGUUCGGGUCCACCUGCCGUAAGACUCCAAGACGGCGGCGUUGUAACGGCUGAGCUAGGUGUCAUACUCGCCGUCGAGCAACCGGAAGUGGAUAAGCUUCUCGAUGGAAUCAGAGAACCGGUUACGACUAAACCGCCUCGGAGCACGAUCUGCCUUUACUUCACAGCUGAACCGAACCAAAUACCUGUGCAAGAUCCGGUUCUAUUUCUCAAUGGGUCAAGCAGCGGUAUAAUCAACAACAUGUUCUUCGCUACCAACGUUGCCCGUACAUACGCGCCGCCAGGAAAGGCUCUGGUUUCGGUGUCAUUGAUCGGUUUGUUCGAGGAUAGAUCCGAUGAGGAUUUAGCAGCAGAGGUUGUCAAAGAGCUAUCGGGUUGGUUCGGUGAGGCUUCGGUAACGUCAUGGAGACAUUUGAAAACGUACCGGAUCAAGUAUGCUCAACCGAACCAAUGCCCACCCACUGAUUUGGUUAAGAGCCCUCGGAUCGGGUCGGGUCUUUACUUGAGCGGUGAUUACAUGACUUCUGCCACAUUUGACGGAGCUUUGGUCUCUGGGAGACGAGCCGUGGAAGUUUUGUUACGAGAAAAGGGACUAAUCUGA